UUCUUGACAGUGGUUGUCUAUGAUAUUAUACGACCGAAUUGAGAAGUUCCCAUUUUGGUAGAUUUUAUUAACUUUUGAAUAUAUUUUAAAUCGUCUAUUUUUCCAUUGAUACACGAUUCAAGUCGGACACAAAUAAAAAUGGUGGUUCAAUAGAUUAGAUUUCUCUGAUCAAACUGUUUAUUGAAAUAACAAACGAACUUAAUCAAAAGUGUUCGAGAAAUAGAAAACUUUUUUAUAUUUUUUGCCAAUAUUAAUAUUUAUCUGGUGCGAUUACGUGGUGCGUUGGGAAGAGUUGUGUUUGACAAAUAACAGGUUGUCGGAGACACCGAUUUCGCUACAGUUUUGUAUCUAAAGUGUUGUUUUUUUAACUGCAAUACGCUUGUAAGGUGUACCAAUUUUUAAAUCAUUUACUAAGUGUUUAUUUAAGCGAUGUAAACUCGAGUUGAAUGGAAAUAAAGUUCACUAAAGAUCUCGAAGUAAGCUGGACAACUGUUCUAUUCAAUCAGCAUGUGACCCAAAUCUGAGAUUUCUCUUCUUUGUGUUUUAUUGCUGGGUUCAUGUUUACGCAGUGAAAAGCUGAAUCGAUUGUCAAGGAAUACAGAAAGCGGUGGUUUGAGCGGCGAUCCUCAGUCAGGACAUGCUAUUUUAUGAACUUGUCACGGUUGACUACCUGUGCAACUCGGUGGGGGUCAGGUGCAGUGCGCUGAAUAUCCAUAAUUUUAAAAGCAUCGACCGGAUUCCCGCUUUACUUGAUGUUUUACUUAUCAACAUUGAAUGAAAAUACACAACUGAGAUAGCUGUGGGAGAUACAGUGAUAACAGAGAUCAGUGUUUACCUGAAAUGUGUGUAAACAGUCGCGAAAGCAUGAAACAAGUGAAACACAUUGUGGUGAAAUGAAGAUCAGCUGUAAAUACAUUGAAUUGAGCCGCACAGAGUAGGACAAUGGUGCAAAAUGGCUCAUUCUGAAAAUCACAGGUAUAUUGUGCAGGUGUAUGUGGGUGCACUGUCUCCACACUACGAGGCCCUGUCAGUAGAAGCCUCCAAGCAGACCAGCUCUGAAGAAAUUGUCUGCUGCAUCACUGACAAACUCGGACUUACUAAUGGAUCCGGAGGCCCAUAUGAACUGGCAGAAGUGGUGGGAGACAUGCUCAGCGGCGAGUGCAAGGAGCGGCGACUGGGGCCCAAUGAGUCGCCCGUCGCUGUCAUGUUACUGUGGCCCAACAACACCGGCUCGGGACAGUAUAACAGAUUUUAUCUCCGAGAGAAAAUUCCCGACGAACCAUGGAUGGAGAACUUCUCGGUGGACCCGCAGCUGAUAAAGGAUUACUUCCAGCGCUUCCUGUAUCAGCCAAAAGACCGCGAGUACCCUGAUCUGUGCCAGUUGCCGGAGCUCAACGAGCAGACGUUGCUAGAUAACUUGAGGGCGAGGUUCUCGGCUGGCUACAUCUACACAUACGUCGGCUCUAUAUUAAUAGCACUCAACCCGUUCAAGUUCUACCCUAUCUACAACCCGAAGUACGUGAAGCUAUAUCAGAACAAACGUAUAGGACUGCCGCCUCACAUAUUCGCAGUUGCCGACGCCGCAUAUCAUUGUAUGCUCCGAGAGAGAACUAAUCAAUGCAUAGUGAUCAGUGGAGAGAGUGGUUCAGGAAAGACUGAGAGUACGAAUUUUCUACUACAUCAUCUGACGGCGUUGAGUCAAAAAGGAUCUCAUGGUAGUGGUGUCGAGCAAACAAUAUUGAGUGCAGGCCCAGUGCUAGAAGCAUUUGGAAAUGCUAAAACUGCCCAUAAUAAUAAUUCCAGUCGGUUUGGCAAGUUUAUACAAGUGAACUACAAGGAGAAUGGCAUGGUGCAUGGAGCUGUUGUACAAAAAUAUCUUCUGGAAAAAUCAAGAAUAUGCAGUCAAGGUCGUAACGAGAGGAAUUAUCAUGUGUUCUAUUACUUAUUGGCUGGUGCGUCGGAGCAGGAGAAGGAACAGUUGCAUUUACUUAGUGUUGACAAAUAUAAUUAUUUAUCGAGGACUGGUUGUAGUGAGGUGCCCGGUAUUGAUGAACAGUAUGAGUUUUCUCGGUUAAAACAAUCCAUGGAGAUGGUGGGCUUCACGAUGGAUAAGCAGCGGCGACUGUUCGCCGUCCUAUCGGCCGUGCUACUUUUGGGCAAUGUGGAGUUCCAACCGCAGAGGAAGUCAUAUCACCAUGAUGAAGCGGUGGGUGUACGGAACCCGGAGGUGGUUUCUCUCAUUUCAUCGCUGCUGCGGGUCAAACAGGAGACCCUACUGGCUGCCCUCACGUCCAAACGAGCACGGGCUUCCGGAGAAACCCUAGUUAUAAAUUACCGGUUGCCUGAAGCGAUAGCGACGCGAGACGCGAUGGCAAAGUGCUUAUAUGGUGCUCUCUUCGACUGGAUUGUGAUGCAAGUCAACCACGCGUUGCUCUCUAAAAAGGAUACGCUAAGGGAACAUCAGGGACAUAGUAUAGGCGUUCUGGACAUAUUCGGUUUCGAGGACUUUGGUCUGAGCAACAGCUUUGAGCAGUUGUGCAUCAACUAUGCUAACGAGCACCUGCAGCAUUACUUCAACCAGCAUGUGUUCAAGUACGAGCAGGAGGAGUACAAGCGGGAAGGUAUACCCUGGACUGAUAUAGGGUUCAGUGACAACACGGGCUGCUUGCAGCUCAUUGAAGGCAAGGUCAAUGGGCUCCUGUGCCUGCUCGAUGAUCAGUGCAACUUCCCAUGGGCGACGAAUGAGACGUUAUUACAGAAGUUUAAUUCUGUACAUGAGAACAAUCCCUUCUAUGAGAAGCCACAGAGGCGGGAGCCUGCUUUUGUAGUCAGACAUUAUGCUGGGAGAGUCAAGUAUCAGGUGACGGCGAUGCGCGAGAAGAACUUGGACUUGAUGCGGCAGGAUAUAGUGAGCGUGUUGAAGAACUCCUCGCUAGCAUUCGUGAGGGAACUCGUCGGAGUCGACCCGGUAGCCGUCUUCCGAUGGGCGAUUGUGCGCGCUUUUUUCAGAGGGUAUUUUGCGUUCCUGGAGGCAGGGCGGAGACACCGCGUGCAGCGAGUAGACGGCGCGUCCCGCGUACCGCGCGCCUCUAUCCACGCCCCCAACGACACCAUCAUCAGAACGCCCCACAGAGCGGGCAGUAAGGCGCGCGAGACUCCGACGCGGGCGCACGCCGAUACUAAACCCAGGACAGAGACAGCGAACGCGGCCCGCACGGGUGGGAAAGGGACAAAAAAUUACAGGAUCGCCGAGACUCGCACGCGGCGGGAGCGCGCGCUCGACGACACCGACGUCAUGCAGCGCGCCAGCCAGAUCGUCAUGAAAAACAAGUCAUUUAGGCCUAGGGAGAGAGCGAAAAAAGGUUUAAAGAAUCUGCAGAGCGUGAAGACGUUGGCGGGUCGCACGGCGGCGCCGGCCGGGAAACGGAAACAACAACAGACUGUCGCCGCGCAGUUCCAGCACUCACUCUCCGCGCUCAUGGACACGCUCAAUCAGGCCAAUCCAUUCUUCAUCAGAUGUAUAAAAUCCAACGGCGAGAAAGUUCCACAUGUGUUCGACGAUGAAACUGUACAGCGUCAGCUUCGAUACACGGGAAUGUUGGAAACGGUCCGGAUACGACAGGCCGGGUAUAAUGUCCGACUCACGUACGAGGAGUUCAUACAACUCUACAGGAUAUUAUUACCGAAAGGACUGCUCAGUUCCCAAACUGAUGUACGACACUUCCUCGCCACACUCAACUUGGAUAGGGAUAACUAUCAAUUAGGUGCUACAAAGAUCUUCAUGCGUGAGAGUGAGCAGACGAAGCUGGAGUACCGACUGCACCAGCAGAUCAUGGCUUCCAUCAUCACCAUACAGCGGUGGUUCAGGGCCGUGCUCGAGAGGAGACGGUUCCUGGCACUACGGCGGGCUUCCGUCGUCAUACAGUAUUUUACCAGACAAUGGCUAUCAGCGCGACAGGUGGCAGUGGUACGUCUACAAGCGUGGUACCGCGGCGCGCGACAGCGACGGUGGUACUUACGGCUACGUCGCGGGAUCGUCGCCUUCCAGGCCGCCGCCAGGGGACAUCUACUGCGACGGGCCAUACUGGCGCGCAGACCUUCGGGAGACUCCGAGCAUGACGGCCGCGCCGACCCCGCCCCGCGCCGCGGACACUGCAGGGACCCCGGAAGUAUUCUACGAAAAGAUCUGGAAAAUUCGAGGCAACUGAGGGCGACACAAUCAUUACCUAUACCGAGGGUCGAGAAGAAACGGGACAUUUUAAUAGAUACUAUAGAAAAUACAACAAAUGUUCAGAAAGUCAAGAAGAGAGUUUCCAAGACAGAAAAUGCUUUGAUGAGACAGACAAGCACAAGCGUAAUACCCAAAGAAACGAGCGAGUCGCCAGAGGAUGAGAGAUGGAAUGUCACCACGAAUACGAACAGGUAUCUUCAGACUGGAGUCACUCUACCCAACAAGAUCACUCCUGAAGACUUAGCCGACGAAUUACUCUGGCUACGGCUCGACCAGAACUACCUCAUGAAUGAAAAAGAAGCUAUUACUAAGAAACGAGAAAAGCGAGAGAAAGAAGACUACACAUCGAAAAAGAAAGAAUUGGAGCUAUUGGAGUCCAUCAUGAGUAGCAGUGAAGAGUACCUUAGACAGAUAGGCAAUUGGAACCCUUCGGAUAGUACGGAAACUAAUAAAACUAGUAUUAGACGUGGGUCUGCGGGCGUGUACCAGCGCAGCGUGUCGAGCGCGACGCUGGAGGCGCGCGGCGCGGGCGGGCCGCAGACGCUGCAGUCGCUGCCCGGCCUGCGCCGCGACCCGCGCGCCCCGCCGCCCGCCGCGCCGCACUCCGCGCCGCACUCCGCGCCCGCGCCCGGCCUCUCCGUCACACCUGCGCCUGAAACACCGGCGAGUACAGAGCCGGCCAGUGUAUGCGCGGCGCCCGCGCCCCCGGCCCGGUCAGGGCGCCGCUCGCCCCGCCGCGCCGAGCGAGGCCCGCCGCCUGAUAUCAUCGUCGACGCCUCGCUCUCACUGCACGACCGCGCUGGUUCGGAGCAAAUAAGUGGUCUAGUAGUGGCGGGGGUCCCCACGCCGAGCGUGGCGGGCGCAGCUCUACGGCGGCGGAACUCGGACCCCGCCCCCGGGGACGUACGGCCACUCGACCCACGCUCCACUGACUUCAUCGGACAGACUGGGAAUGGACUCUUCCGAAUCGCUGGCCACAGGUUUCGUAAAGGCACUCGGUUUGCGAAGGGCGACAAGUGCGUAUACUGCCACCAAGCUAUCGACGCAUUCAUCACGCAGGGCCAGCGCUGCAUCGACUGCAAACAACUCUACCAUACCAAGUGCAUACAGAACAAAGGAGUCAUCACCAUGCCUUGCUCUAGUCCCGUCACCGUCGCCAGUAGGGGGCGCCACAAGAACAGAAAGAGAAUCAUAUCCAACUCUAAUUAUAACUUACUAGAUAACUCCAAAAGUUCUGUCAGUUCCAACUUUAACCUAACGGGCACGUCAGAAUUUAUGGAUAGGACCGAUAAGAUAAUAUCGGACGCGACUGAGCUACAAGCAAUGCAGAAUUUCAUUAUGGAGAAGAUUUAUGAAAUGGAACCUAAUGAGAAGAAGAAGCAAUCUGAGGUCGACAGGGUAUUCAAACACGCAUUACUAGAAUUCAAAGACAAUUUAGUAGCGACGUACAGCAUAGUGGAGACGCGGGGGUCUGCGCUGAAGUACAAGGAUCUGAUUGGAAACUUCCUGCAUGUCAUGGAGACAGUUUGUGCCAGGGAGGGGUCCACGCUCUCCAUCACCAUGGGGGUCAACGCCUUUAGGGGUUUCAUGGACGAGUUUAUGAGCCAACAUGACACUGACAAAGCUAGGACGAAAAGAAAAAAGGAUAAAAAGAGAAAGGUGGACGAUCCAAUACAAUACAAAGGUCAUACGUUCAUACUGUCCAUGAUAAACAUACCGACGGAGUGUGAGAUCUGCAAGACUUUCUUCAUGUGGCCCAUAGAACGGUCGCUCAUAUGCCAGACGUGUAAACUUGCCUCGCAUAAGAAGUGUUACACUAAGGUGUCGACACUGUGCCGUAAAGACAACCAGACCCCGUCGGCCGCGAUAGUGGGCGCUGUCGACGCCGGCGGACGGGAACAAAUGGGGGUCGUCACACGAGGAAAGGUGUUUGGAGUACCACUACCGGACUUACCGACGGGCGAGAGCAACAUCCCCAUAGUCGUGGACAGGCUAAUUACUACGAUAGAAAUGACCGGCCUCUACACAGAGGGCUUGUACAGAAAAAGUGGACUUAGUUCGAAGGUGCGUGAGCUUAGACGGCUACUGGACGAGUCCCCGGAGGAGGGCGUGGACCGACUGGACCUGUACGCCGUGCACGUGCGUGCGUCGGUACUGAAGAGCUUCUUCCGCGAGCUGCCCGAGCCACUGCUGACCUUCGAUCUAUACGACGACUUCAUACUCGCCGCGCAGAUCUCUGACCCACAGGAGCGGGUCUCUACUAUAUUUACAAUUCUAAGAAAGCUACCGAAACCAAACUUCGAUCUUGUCGAGAGGCUAAUAUUCCACCUGGCGAGGGUGGCACUUGGAGAGGAUCAUAAUAGGAUGGGUCCAAAUGCGUUAGCGAUAGUGUUUGCCCCGUGCAUACUGCGCACACACAAGAUACAACCUGCACAGGACUCACUGCACGACAUCGCGCGACAGACUGCCUGUCUAGAGGCCAUACUCGUUGAUAAGAUGCGCACCGUGCGCGGCAUGCUCCAGGACAUAGCGACGCUGGACACGGCGUGCCACACGGCCACCAGCCGCCUGUCGUCGCUGCGCUCCCACAGCCACGCGCCGCGCCCCGAGGAACAGAUCCUCGUCGGACACAUACACGAGAUACAGAAGGAGAAGGCCAUCCUCACCUCCAACCUGCCCACACUAAUCAGAGCGACGUCAGACGACGAGAUGCUCUCUACGACGGACCACGACGGCGAGCUGGGCAGCACUGACGACCUGAGUACCGGGGCCAGUUCCAUGCGGUCGCAGAGACUCUUACACCGACAGCUCUCCUCAGACGACCCCAUCAUGGUGUAACGCCACAGUCUUCACACCGUGG